CUCCAUAUUAAACAGCAAAGACAACACAGAACAAAAGCAGUGGAGUCCAUGAGCCAGCAUGCUGAUAGACUUCCCCCAUUCCCCAUGCCGGUCUCUAAUCUGCAUGCAGACAACUUCUUUGUGGAUAUUUGGAUUUCCUCACCAUAGCAACAGAGCUGCAAAACCGUGCUGUACAACCUCUCAUCAGACACAGUCGUGCCUAGGCAUCGCACGACGCGUGGGAGCCAGACGAAAGGGAGAUAAGAAGAGGAAAAAGAGUGGGGAAGAGGACACCGCUGCCUCGUACCUAAUUCUCUGUGGGAAUUCUCCUCAUUAGGACCAUGACAGCUCAGUUACAAAGGCUCCGAAGUGCCAAGGGUCAUGUUCACAGCCGCCGGUCGAGCAAUCAUUCCUGUGCUCAGCUGAGGGACAAAUGGAGGGAUGCAACAAUUUCACUCUUUGCUCACCAUGACAGAGCCUCUCUUUGCUGAAUCCGUUUGUGUCAGACUGCCAGGCUUUGAUCAAGCUUGGGUUAAUUGCGAGAGAGCGGCUGGAAGAGCCCCCCUCCUCUUCCACGCUGCCAAUCUGUUCGUGCCUCUGAUUUUCCACACAUUUUGCUCUCUGGUCUCUGUUUACCUCUGUCUGCUGCUUUCUCCACCCCUUUCCCUCAGUCUCUCAUGCUUUCGCGCUCCCUCCCACAGCUCGCUAUCUCUCCUCCCCUCGUGCCUUUAAAGCCAGCAGUCUGCUCAUCACUCCAGGGCUGCUUGCUACAUGAUCUCUUGGAAAACAGCGUCUGUGUCUUGCUCGAGCCGCUCCAUGUGCAAACCUUAAGAUUUCUUGCCCAGGAAGGCAGGAUGCUCCUGCGCUGGCACUGAUUCUCUGCUCGGUUUUCCCUUCCCCUCCCCUUUCCUAAUCUCCUGCCCUCUGACCCUCAUCCCUCUACCCCUGACCCUAUUCCCUCUCUUUUCCCCCUCUUUCUUGACCAUGUUGCCAUGUGUUUACCGGCACCAGCCUGUCCUUGCCUUGCUCUUCUUCGCUUUGUUCACUCAAGGGCAAAACUGUCCAGCAACCUGCCUUUGCCCAGACCCUCACACUGUGGACUGUAGUGGGCGCGGACUUAUCCGUCUUCCAGACGAGAUCCCCUUGGACGUGCGGAGACUGCUGUUGGCGAACAACUGGAUCCCACGGAUUCCUUCGGAUUUCCUCGUGCUCUACAGCGACCUGGUCUACCUGGACCUCCGUAACAACUCACUCUCGCACAUUGAGCCAGGCACCCUUAGCACUUCCUCCAGGCUGGUUUUCCUGGACCUCGGUUGCAAUAACCUAACCGAGAUCCCCAAAGGGACUUUUGGGGAGUCGAGGAGCUUAAUUAAGUUGCGCUUGGGCAACAACCCGCAUUUGAGCAUGGUCAACGAAGAUGCUUUCAUGGGUCUUACCUCCUUGCGUGAACUAGAACUAGAACGCAAUGCCCUGUCUGGGCUACAGGUGGGUGCCCUCAGCCAGCUUCCCUCUCUCAGGGUGGUAAGGUUAGAGGGCAACCCUUGGGUGUGCAACUGCAACUUUGCCAACCUGUUCACCUGGCUGGUGGAAAACAGUCACAAGCUUCCCAAUGGUAUAGAGGGUAUGGAGUGUUCCUUGCCCACCGACGGACGCCGUGUGCCUCUCAGCCAGCUCUCCCAGGACAGUUUUCGGGAGUGCCAGAUCACCCUCACCCUCACUGAUUUCCUCAUCAUCAUCUUCUCGGGCAUCUCCGUCUCAGUGGCCGCCAUCAUGGCCAGCUUCUUCCUGGCAUCCACCGUCCACUGCUUUCAGCGCUGGAGCAAGGGUACUAAAGGAGACGAGGAGGAGAGUGAAGAAUGAGGAGGGGGUUUAGAGCUGAAUGACCUUCAAUCUGAUUCAGAGCUGCCAGUUCCUGACAGAGUUCAAACAAACAGCGUGACUGAACAGAGACCAGGUAGAACUCGAGCAGAAAUAACCUGAUUGAUAGUGUCAGCACUAAUAAAGUGACUAGUAGAGACGCAGUACCCUCAAAAUUGAAGGAUAUUUGGUAUGAAAGCAAGCCUUAGUAUGCAAACUUCCAAGGAUUUACUUGUUAAAGGAAAUUCUUUGUGAUCUUGUCCUGCAGUAGAGUUUCAGUGUUGUUGAAUACUCGUGUCCGUAGAGUUUCCCUUCAUGUAGUCAAUAUAAAGUUAGCAAAAUACAACUGUGCUACUUGUUGAUUGUGUCAAAUUAGCACAGGUAGACAGCGAUGAUUCAGACAAGCACUAAUGAUCGAUGGUGAGGAAUUAUCGCUAUAGAAAGUCAUGCAAGGUAAUGUUGCAGCUUUAUACAGCCAUGUAUACAUGAUAGAAGCCAUUUUCCUUCAAGUUUGAAAGAUGGGAAAAAAUAACUUAGACUUUAGAGAGAUUUCAGAAAGCAUUACCUGUAAUUGAAAGUAGAGAGCUUAAUGUGAAUAGUCGUGUCAAAUACUGCACUUUAAAAUGGUCCUACCUGACAUCGGCCCUCAAACCACCAGGUACACUGGUUCCACCCAGAUCUGCCAAAGAAUGCUUUGAUUGAAGGACUGAGGUUAAUGUGUUUUGAAAUAUAGAUUUAUUUUUCUUUAAAGAAAGUUUGUGAUCUUAGCAAGAUUACAUUUAUUUAGCGUAAUUAUUGUACUACUCACAUAUAAUGAUAUAUAAUGUCCUUAAUGUGACUAAAGACAAUAUCUAUGAGAUGGAGAUAAGUUCAUUAUACAAAUGUCAUUGUAUUAUUCAAUUAUUUAUGUCUUAAAAGUAUAUUUGAAAAGGCAUACAGUGGGCCCAACACAUAUAUGGGCA